CUAUACUACAUCUGCCUUUUCUGGAGUACUUUUGACUGUUUCGACAGUAAUUUUGUGCAAAAGCAAAUACCAUUAUGAAACGUAUUAUCAUGCAAACUUUAUGUUGACUUAAAACACGUCCGCAAUGUCCACUUAAUGAAUUAAACAUAAAUUGCUAUAUGCGAGGUGUGAUGCAACUCGUCAAAAUACCUGAUUAGAUAUAAUCUCGUUCUUGUUCCGUAUAUACAAUAAUCAGAAACAGAGGAAGGUAGAACGAUCCUCCUAUAUACAAGAAGACAGUCAUGAACAAUCGUGGAGCCUCGAGUAAUGAUCUUGCCAUGUCAAACCCAAAUUUGGAAGGUGGUUUUACUAUUGAAAGGUAAAGCGAAAAAACGAAAGUACAAUUCUCGUAUUUAUUCUGACCCAGCAGAGAACAACAAUAGUCAGUUAUCAAGUAACAGAAUGCAAUUCCCAACAGAUUGCGUUCACGGCUCGACAUUUACGCCCGUAUUCUAAAAGCUCACUCACACUCACACUCAAUGAGUGGAAGUUCAAUCUGAGCUUCUCUAGAGUGUCAUUGCUGAUUUUGAAUAGCUGGAGGGCAGGUGUUACACCUUACUAUGUGAUAACUCACCCUCCAGCUAUUCAAAAACAGCAUUGACACUCAAGAGCAGCUCAGAUUGAACCUCCACUCAUUGAGUAUGAGUGAGCUUUUAGAAUACGGGCGUUAGUCUAGUAUCUUCAUCAGGGCCAAAGUGAAUUCCAGCAAUCGACUAAAGCCAUGCACGUUUUAAUGAAGACCUGGACGAAGUACUUGACUGAAGCCACCCCUAAUGAAGAUGCUGCACUGCCGUGUUGAACUGUUGGGUUGUGAAUGUAAUUUGUUCGGUACACUAGUGCCAGUAAUGGUAUACUACACGGUUACCAUUAAACAUAACGCUUGCCUUUAAAUGAAUUAUCCUCCUUAAUAUUAUACAGUGUUUGUAACAAGGAAAUUCGUUGUUGCGAAUGCUUCGAACUCGCACGUCUUAAAACUUACAAGUGUCCUUAGAUGUGAUAAAUUCGUGCAAUUUAACUGAAUAAAACUCGCAGUAGUCUCUGUACGCUGUAGCCUAAACCUUGUGUGACCUCGUUUUAGGUUAGGCAGGAAAUAUUAUUUAUUAGCUGUAAUUGUUAAUUGAACAUAACAUACGAUUCAGCUUGAUCUUGUAUGAGGAUCCCACGAACAUUGCUUUAUGCGGAAGUCCUAUUAAGUCUUUAUAUGCGGUUUUAUAUAAGUGGUCAAGAAGUUUCCCCGUUAAUGGAAAGUAAGCCACAUGCCUUAUUAGUGCAGUAUUACUACAGGUAGACAAAGAAAACCUGCAAAGUUUGCCAAAUUCAUACUAGAAGCACUCUUCUGACAUGCGACUAAGCACAAUUAAUGAAAAUGCACUACGUACUGUUUCAGAACAACCUUCAGAGAUAUGAAAAACUAGUUUCAUAUUAUUCACAGAGAGCAACGAAAAAUUCCUUGUCUCGAGCGGGAUUCGAUAGAUUCGAACUCACAUCUUGGGGUUUCUAGACGACCACUCUACCCAUUGAAUUAUUAAGUCAAGGAAUUCCCGUUGAUUCGAUAGCUCAAAGGGUAGAACGGUGAUCCAGAAACCCGAAGUUGUAUUCUACAGUCGCAGAAUAUACCACCAACUCUUCGAAUCGUAUAUGUCAGAUACAAGAACGAUACGGACUUUGGUCGGUAUUUUCGUAUCAUGUAAAUUUGUAUUUUAGUAUUUUGUCUAACAUCAAACGACUUUAAUCAUUGAUAAUUGGAAAGUGAUGGGACGAAAUAAUAGAGUUUCAAAGUUCAGAAUUCAAUUGUAUCACAUUUCAUAAUACAGUAGUACUAAUACUUAAUAGGACAAAUUUUAAUUCUAUUAAGUUUCGCAAUAGUUUUGACCUUCAAAUCCAACACAGACAGGAAUUUAAUUUCAUUACUAAAUGUUUUAUGUACGUUAGCACCUUGACGACGUCUUGUUUUAUUUGUUUUAUCAUGAAAUUGUCAUUUUGUUUGAUCGCGAGACAAUAAGAGGCACUGAGGCAAUACGCGUCAUGUUAUUAGCAACGUUCGUAUUUGACUUUCAGAUGCGUUUGAAAUAUUCGAUUAACCAAUCAGAUGCGUGAGUGGAGGUUCAAUCUGAGUUUCUCGUGAGUAUCAUUGUAUCAAUGCUGUUUUUGAAUAGCAGGAGUAUUAGUAGUCACAUAGUAAGGGUAUGACACUAAGCCUCCAGCUAUUCAAAAACAGCAUUGACACUCGAGAGAAGCUCAGAUUGAACCUCCACUCAUUGAGUGUGAGUGAGCUUUUAGAAUACGGGCGUAAGACUCAAACGAUGAAUUGCCGUUCAGUUUUUUCUUGCUACAACCAUUCUGAUAGGAGGAAGAUCGCCCACAAGUUGUUUGAUUGCCCGUUAUUUGAAUGAAAAGUCACAUGAGUGCAAACAAAGAAUUAUCGCAUUCCAAAACUAAGUGUUUGACAAAAGGCGCACCCUGGGUUGCCUAACACAGACAUGAAAUUUAUGCAAUAUUUAGCAAUUGUAUUUCCUCAUUGCACAAUUAUCCCUCAGACAUUCAUGAUCCCAUGUUACCCCAUCAUUCAUCAUCUAUUAAAUAUUACGCAAUUCUGCCAGGAAACAGCUUUAGAAAAUAGUUAGCGAGCUUAUUAAAGAAGCGACGUCUUUAAAGUUUUUUUUUCUUCCUUACAAGAGCGCUGAUGCAAAAUGGCGCCAAUAUUAGUUAUACUACAAUGCUUGCUUAAGCUCACUAAUUAGUUUUCUCCGAUACAACUAUGACGCAAAGCAAGUGUGCUUUGAAUGUUAAGUUAACCUGGAGUUAUCCCUAGUCGGCUUUUGAGCAACCGGUGCCCCCCCCCCCCAUACAUUAGUAACAUACCAGUACUUCCAUCAAAUCCCCAAAAGUAGCUAAGACAAGAUCAAUUCUCUUCAGUGGUUACAGAUCAAAGAGCAGUAAGAAGGCUCUAGUUCUAGCCGUCGUCCUUAUAAUACUUCUCCUCAUCGCCGUGGUAGUUCUUGCAGUCCUAUAUGCAAAAGAAGAAUCCGACUCAGAUUCGGAGAGCAAUACGAGCAAAAUCAUAGCCACCACAGGUCCUGAGGAAUCAACAACCAUCUCUCCGAAACCAAAUGCUACUGAGAAACCUACCACCUUCCCCACUACACCACCUAAUAAUUGCCCAAAAGCCACUGAUGCCCCACCCCCUGGACCACCACCAAAUCAGGUAUUUUAGUAUAUACAUGUACGACACUAAUAUGAAAACUAGCACUAGAUAUUUUCAAAAAACUGAUAAAAUUGAUAAAAGUGAUAAUUUGAAUUAGUUUCUUUUUAUUCUUAUCUAUUUGUAUGAACACAUUUGUAUUUCUAUUCUGUAUGUCCGCACAUCCCACAUGGAAAUCAACAACUUGUUGUUGGGGCUAACGUGCGUAAACAGGGUUAUUAUUAUUAUUCUUAUUCUUAUUAUUAUGUCUUUAUUAAAAAGGAAGGAGGCACAAUAAACGUGUGCCUUUACAAUUAAGGGUUCGUAGACUCCAAGACCAAAACAAUUCAAAGACUUUCAAAGAUUUUUUCUGCCUAUUUUCAAAGACUUUUCAAAGCCCUUUGAGAGCAAUUAGCUGUCGAUAAAUUGCGAAUGUAAGCACCAUUUUUACACAGUAAUUAGUCCCGUCAAAUCACAUCCUAAAAUGCGCCUUUUCGUCGAUAUUUGCGAAAAUCUUGCUUCAAUCAAUCAAUUUUAUUAGCUAGGAAAUCGUAUAAUCAAUUCCUCACUAAAGAAUUUAAAGACUUUUAAAGACUUUCUUCGCUUUUUCACACAAUUCAAGAACUUUUCAAAGACCUUAAAAUAAAGAUCUGCAUCCAAAUUUAAAGACUUUCAAGGAUUUCAAAGACCGCCACGAACCCAGGUAAAUAAAUUUGUAUGUAUGGGUAUGUAUAUGUAUGUACAUUGAUCCUUCUCGUUGUAGGGGCCGUACAGAAACGCAGCUGUAGCAGCUGAUGAUGUGAGGUGCUCGAAGAUAGGUGUAGAUAUCCUGAAAAAAGAUGGCUCGGCCGUAGACGCAGCAAUUGCAAGCUUGUUCUGUAUCGGUGUGAUCAACAUGCAUUCUGCCGGCAUUGGGGGCGGGGCUGUCAUGGUUGUGUAUAACAAGACGAACAAGACUGCUCAGUAUUUCAACUUUAGAGAAAGGGCACCUAGAAAUGCCACGCAGGAUAUGUUUGUGAAUACAACGUCUGAUGAGUCGAAAUUGGGUGAGAUGUUUUCUUAUCUCAGAUGUUUUCUAUGCAACAAACCAACCCAAAGAACAACCAAUUAACUGAGUGAUAGUAACAACACACAAACAUAUUAAUCAGUCAAAACCAAAAACCAACUAAUUAAACUAACUGAUACUAAUUAACUAACUAACUAAAUAACUAACUAAUUAACUAAUUAACAGAGUAAUUAACCAAUUAACUAAUUAACUACCUAACUAACGAACUACCUGCCUAACUAUCUAACUACCUACCUACCUACAGGUACCUAACUAACUAACAAACUACCUAACUAUUUAACUACCUAACUAAUUAACUAAUUAACUAACUAAUUAUCUAACUAACUACCUACCUAACUAACUAACUAACUAACGAACUACCUAACUAUUUAACUACCUAACUAAUUAACUAAUUAACUAACUAAUUAUCUAACUAACUACCUAACUAACUACCUACUAUCUAUUUAACUACCUAAUUAACUAAGUAACUAAUUUAAUAACUAAUAACUAACUAAUUAAUUAACUAACAAAUGAUACUGACAUUGCCCUCAAAUAAGCGCAAAACACGUAAUGUAAAUACGUAAUGCAAUGACAAUGAAUUAAUUCAGGUGGUUUGGCAAUUGCUGUACCUGGGGAGGUGAAAGGCAUGUACGAAGCCCACAAGACGUAUGGAAAACUUAAGUGGGAGGAACUGCUUGACCCUGCUAUAGAACUGGCAAGAGAGGGUUUCGUUAUUCACAAAGCAUUGGAUACGGCCAUCAAAAAACAAGAAAAAUACAUUCGACAACAGGAAGGCUUGAAGUAAGUAAAAUAAUAGUUUGGGAGAUGAUCUAAGUAAGGAAGGAAGGAAGGAUGUGAUGCAAUAUAUCAAAUCAAUAUUUUAAACCUAAUAAAACGUUCCUGCUCGUUUAUUAAACAGUACUUAAACAUUUGUUGUUUCACCAUUAGAGAACUGUUGGUUAAGGCGAACGGUUGUUUGAAGAAAGUGGGUGACAGGCUGGUCAAUCGGGAACUGGCUAUCACGUUAGGGAGAAUACGAUUACAGCCUACAUCGUUUUAUGACGGAUCUCUUGCUGAAGAUAUCGUUAAUGACAUUUCAUCCAAUCAAGGAAUAAUUACAGAGCAAGAUUUAAAAGAUUAUAAUGUGGAAGUUGAGCCUGCGACCAAAGCUAGUAUUGGCAAUCUUGAACUGCACACAACUGGUCUGCCGUCCAGCGGUGUUCUCAUCGCGUUCAUGCUCAACGUAUUAAAAGGUUAGGCUAAAUGA